AUGAGAUCGAUUUGCCUUGCUGUUUUUCUUAUUUUGUUUAUUUCUGCUAAUGGAUACAAGAAGUCGAAAAGUUUGAAGAAAACGACGACAACAGAAGCUCCGACAACGACAGAAGUUGAUUAUUCGGAUUCAAAUUCAACGGAUGAGAAUGUGGAGUUGAAUUUUGAUGCUGCUCCGACAGAAGCCACAGAUUUGAGUUCAACGCUUGGUCUGGAAAGUACAACAGAAGCUGCAGAAGUUAAUGAUGAGGAUUCUGAAGAGAAUCCAGAAGCUACAACUGAAGCCAUUACUGAAACCACCGAAGAAUCAAAAUCUGAAGACGAUGAAGAACAGAAUGAAGAAACUGAGCCAACUACAACUCCAGAAAACAUUGAAGAGAAUUCUGAAGAUAAACCAAAAACAGAAGAAUCUCAAGAUGAAGAACAGGAAGAGUCAGAGAAUUCUGAAGAUAAACCGAAAGCUGAUGAUCUCUUGGAUGUGGCGAAGAAUGAAGUUGAGAAAGAAGAGAAGCAAAAAGCUGAAGUGAUUGAUUGGAGUUUUCCCUAUCCAGCUCAUUCUUUGCAAGAAUAUGUUCAACGGGGAAAGGCUUUCGCACGACAGUACAUUGGAGCGAAAAAUAUGAAACGAUUGCAUCAAAUCGUCAACAAAGUGCGAAAAAGUGGAGGCGGCCGAGAAGCAAUCCACAAAGCCGUUCAAUCGUAUCUCAACAAAUUGCUUUCACGAAAACAAAAGAAGGAAAUCAAUCAACGAAAAGCCGAACUCGAUGCGACAUUUCGGUUUUCAAAAGAUUUAGAA